AUGAUCCAGAACCUGACCAUCAGCAUCAGCCGCAGGCCAACUGGCAGUCUCCCCUCUGACCCCGCACUUUCUCGAGUCCUCAUCGCAAGACAUUCUUUGUUCUCAUUCCCUCAAGCCAUUCAUCGCGGCGUGGAAUGCAAUAUCCCACCAGCCCCUUUGGCGGAGAUGAGUACAGAAAAAGCAAAGGACCAGCGUCUCUGCUCGGUAUGCCUACAGCUGGACUUGAGCUCAGGCAAGUUCAGGGUUACACCGGAAAGCAUACCGAGUGCUCAGAGUAAUGGUUGGGCGCCGGGGCCAAGCAGCACGCCACCUGCAAGCACCAUCGGCAAUCCUGAACAAGACAUUCGCUCCCCGCUCGGCCUGUCUCCCGGGCAUAGCAGCAAGCAAUUUUCGACUCUGGCCGAGAUUGACUCGAGAAAGGAUGAAUGUUGCUUGUGCGAUAUCUUGUGGAAGGCCAUUGCCGGUGACAGGCCCAUCGAGUCUCCGUCGCGCGAGGCCACUCUCAACUUGUCGUGGGAGAUUGACGGCCGCUCGCGCUCUGACAGCGGUCAGGUUGUCAAUCGAUCCAGAAGGAUUCGGCUGUCGUGGAGACAGGAAUCAGAAGAAGCCCAGGAAGGCCGUCAAGAGAAAAGCGUCUUCCUUGUGUGUGUCGCUCCUCGUACCGCCGGCCCGGCCGAGGCUCGCUUUUUUGGCCGCCCUCGGCUCCCCGAUGACGAGAAGCUGGCCCUCAUCAGCUCGUGGAUUGACACAUGUGCCAACACGCACGGCCAAGGCGGUUGCGGAGCAAAGGAGACACGAUACGACACGGAGGAGGAGUUCCGCCGGCUCGUCAAAGGCUCCUACUUUGGCGUUAUCGACGUCGAGGAGAUGCAACUAAAGCCACUGCCCAUGAUCCGCAAAAAGCCGGCGCCAUACGUGGCCCUCAGCUACGUAUGGGGGCAGGGGCAUUCGGCCCCGUACACGUCCACUAGAUCGAAUGUUAUGGUGCACAUCCAAAAGCUCGGGCUUAAAAGCGCAUGGCCGAAAUUGCCCCAGACCAUUCAGGAUGCUAUCCUUUUGGUUUGGCGGCUGGGAAAGCGCUAUCUCUGGAUCGAUUCUCUCUGCAUCGUCCAAGACAGCCUCAGCUCUUGGGAGCUCAAUGCCAAAUCCAUGCACCUGGUGUACGGUCAUGCGCAUUUCACCAUUUGCGCUGCAGACGGAGACGAUGCGACCACGGGGUUGAGGGCAGUAAGCCACGCAAUCCGGACAGGCGGUAGGCCACCGUGGUUGGCAGGCGACAUCCGCCAUCUGCCGUUCUCGCCGGGCGACCCCCAGCAUACGACCCAAGGUCCAGAAACAGCGACCACGAAGAGCGUGCGCUUUGCAGAAGAUUUUCAAGCCUCCGCUUCCGAGAUCCCUCUUAUUGCGCCGUAUAGUCCUGGACUUGGAUUACUCGCCUUUAGGGGCCCGGAAAGCGUCAUUCAAGGAUCGACAUGGAGCAGUCGCGGAUGGACAUACCAGGAACGACUUCUUUCAACGCGAUGCUUGAUAUUCGCCGAAGGCAAGGUCUACUUCCAAUGCCGGCGGUCGCUUCAAACUCAGGAUAUCUUCAACGAUACCAACACUAGCAAUGGCCAAAGCAAGAAGAGCAAACGAGAAUCCAGGCAAAAACACAGGCGAGGCAGCAGGAAGGAGCGCCGAAAAGAUGAAGGUGAUAUCAAGAGCGAAAGCAACAUCGAGGCUGAUUCCAACAAUGGCCAAAGAGCCAAUCAGCACACCACGGCUCACGGACCCCAUGAGGGCUACGCAGGGGACGACGACGGCUGGUCUCUCAACUCGGCUGACUCACCACUAAAGACACUCGGCGAACUCCGGCGCAGAGCAUUCUGGGUCUAUAUGAAAUGUGUCGAGCAAUACACGGGGCGCACUCUAACGAAGCCUAAAGACGUGCUGGCAGCCUUUCAGGGCACCUCGUGGCUCCUUCACAAACAUAUGCGUGCGCCUCUUUUGCAUGGCCUUCCCACUUCCCACUUUGACCUCGCCUUAUUGUGGAUGCCUCUUUCAGCUCUACAGAGACGGAAACCUAGGCGCUGCCCCCGCCGGUUUAAGCUGAGAACAAGAGCUGGACAAAGCACUUCGUCAAUCAUCCCUUGCUCUCAGGAUUCCCUUGGGAAUUGCACCUGUAGGCUUGAGCAAGAAGGGUUCGGCAGUAACGAAUUCCCCAGCUGGUCGUGGGCGGGCUGGAUGGGGGGCAAAGCUGACUAUUCGCUCGAUAUGAUCGGCGGUACUUUGCAGAACGUCCAGGAAUGGCUGAGGGACCACACCUGGAUUUUUUGGUAUAUACGAGACGAAGAAGGAAACCUCUUACCGCUCUGGGACAGUAGCCAUUGCGGUGAGGAUACUAGCCAUGAGGAGCGCUGGAGGGGCUAUAAAGGGAGAGCGGUCAACCUCCAGGAUGCUCCAGACCCACGCAGCCGCUCCAAGCAUUCCGGAAAUAUCCGCAUGGUAUCCAACAAACACUACUUGAAGGGGAUCAUCCCAGAAUACUACAAUGUUCAGGAUGAGUACUACGACGACUUUAGCGACGAGGACGCAGACAGCAGCGAUGAACCAAAAACCCGACGCAGAACCUCACACCGCUCAGACAGGACGGUUUAUGGCCGCCACCAUCACCGCAGAGUCCCCAAGGCGCACGGCCAGUUCAGCAGGCGCACUACCCAUAGGAUCAGCAGCAGUAGCAGUAGCAACAGCGGCAGCGGCAGCGGCAGCAGCAGAAGCAGCAGCGAAAGCAACAGUGAUGGUAUCGAGGAGAUAGUGAUAAAGAGAAGGUAA